AUUUGUUUCUAGGGUCGAGAAAUAAAAUUGUCAAUUUGGCCCCCCCUUCCCAGCGAGGUAGUUAUCCGUUCGUUGUCAAUUUUUCUUGUGUGUUUACCUAUGUGAUUUUAAACGAUAAUAAUUUGAAAAAGUAACCAAUCGUGUGUCAUGUUAGUUUUCUAAAAUAUUAAAAUUCAUUCACACUCCAUUUAAAUCAUUCGUUGUUCAUCAAAUUCGCUCGAUCGAGUUACGAAAGUGAAUCUGUUGGGAGAUGGGAUGUAAUGUACAAAAGAUAGUCACGUGGUAUCAAAAGAAAAUUGGAACUUAUGAUAAACAACAGUGGGAGAAAACUAUCGAGCAACGUAUUCUCAGUGGAUUCACCCAUGUUCCCAAGAAAAAUGCAAAAUUAAAGACUGAUCUGAUCGAUGUAGACUUGGUUAGAGGGUCGGCGUUCACUAAAGCUAAACCAAAACAUGGGUUCUUUACGGUAACUCGACUGGCAGUGAUCCGGUUGCUACUUUUACCGUGUUACUACAGCUGGUAUGUGCACCAGACUUCAUGGCGGUUAUUUCUAUCACUGCUGUUCCUGUACGUGUUACAAUUGGGAAAUAUUGUGCUGUUUGGUUACGUCUCGUGGGUUUCUGUUGAAGAAGACGUAUCACCGUUUGUUUCUUUAGGAGAAGUGUUAAGUCCAUUGAUCAUGAUGUUUAUACUGAGUAUUGUUCACUCCCAAAUUGUUUCAACCACUACUAUUUCUAAGAAGAACUUCCUGAAAAGUACCAGAUCUCAUAGCCCUCCUCGUAGUAAAAGAAGACUCUCCACCUCCAUAAAAACAAAAAAUAUGACUGAAAACAUCCCACCUUUAGUAACUUUCUCAGAUAAAAUAUAUUUGAAGCGAAGAAACAGAAUUGGGGAUGCAAGUAAAUCACGAAAUGUAGCAUGGGAUACUUCACCUAUUAAAACUCGUAGUUGGGUUAUUGAUUCUUUACCUGAAUGUAGUAUUCCUGUAGUUACUGAAGAAAUUACUACAGAUUUACGUGUAGUCAAUCGAGAAGAAAAAAAACAAUUAGGAGGAGUUGAUCGUAUGGAUGUAAGGCCUGAUAGAUCAAAUUCAAUACACGAUGAUGAUGGAUUUGAAAGUUUAAAUGGUAAUGGUUCUAGUGAUAGUCCAGAGGAAGAUAUGUUAACUGGUACUACAACAUCACAUUUUUCUGAAACAACCAGUGCUGAACAAUCUAGUAGUACACCUAAACACGAGAUAUUAGAAACCUUAACGCAUCCAGUAACAAAAACCAUGGAUGAUAUAGCUAAUAAAAGUGUUUCAAAUCAAAAGCGUACACAGAGAUUCAAAAAAACUCCUAUUCCAUCCUCUAAAGCUACUAUGAUUGAUUUAGAUCGUAGAUUAUCAGCAUUCCAACCAUCGACAUGUUUUCCAUAUGCUGUUAACUCAGAAUCCGAAGAUAGUGAACAAGAUCUUAAAAAUGAAACAUUGGUUUCUAAUAAACGUCAGAUAGUAAGGCGUGGAAAUCGUUUGCAAGCUUUACCAAAAUCAAACUCUGAUGUAGAUGAAGGAGAUAAUGUAGAUAGUUCAUCAAGUCGACAAACAGAUGAAGAAGGAGAUGUUUUAUCUUCAAAUGGUGGUAGUGCAUGCCCCCUAUCUAUGUUGACUGAAGGUACUACCAGUGCUGGUGAAUGGAUUGGUCAAACAACCAAUAGUGAAGGAGGAUCCUCUACAUCUGACAUUGAUGUUGAACAAGCUACUUUACUGAGUGAUAAUAAUCUUGAUCAUCCAUUCUUAUGGGAAUUUGAAACUACACCUACAGUAAUACUUAGCCCAAGUUGUGCUGCAUCUGAUAGAGUAAGCUGUACAAUGUGGGAGAAAAAAGAAGUAAAAAAAGCAGAUUUAUCAGUAUUAGAUAUUAGUUCAGCCAUUAUUGCUAGAGUAGAAGAAAUUCCUGAACAAAUGGAUUACUUUUAUCUUGGUGUUUUUUUGUCUGUGAUAAUCUCAAUUAUGCCAUCAGGAUAUAGAUUAGUAAAUAACCUUACAGAAGAUAAACCUUUACCAACAUUAGCUAUAACUGUAAAUGUACCCACAGAUUUUAUAUACCAACACUAUAUAUCAGUUCUAAAUACUAUUUUCAAUGCUGCAUUUGCGCCUGUUGGCUGGGAGAGAUAUAUUGUUAUUACAACACUUGUUGAGCGUUUUUGUUUGUCAAUGAUGUUCUUUUUUCUUUUAACUGUAGCAGAACGCACAUACAAACAGCGUUUUUUGUAUGCAAAAUUUUUUUCUCAUCUUACAUCAUUUAGAAGAGCUCGAAAAUCAAAGCUACCACAUUUUAGAUUGAAUAAAGUACGAAAUAUUAAAACAUGGCUAUCAAUAAGAUCAUACUUAAAAAAGCGUGGGCCACAAAGAUCAGUUGAUGUCAUAGUAUCUUCUUCAUUUUACAUAUCAUCACUUUUUUUAUCUAUUCUUAGUGUAGAAUUAUUAAAAGAUACUUUUUCUCUAAGUUCAGAAUUUCAUUUAGAGUCUUCUGCUUGGUGUAUGGUUUUAGGAAUUUACUUGUUGAGAUUUUUAACACUUGGUACAAAAAUUAAUAAAAAAUAUCGAAAUCUGUCUACAUUAAUUACUGAGCAGAUUAAUCUGUAUUUGCAAAUCGAACAAAAGCCUAACAAAAAAGAUGAAUUAAUGGUAGCUAAUAGUGUAUUAAAAUUAGCUGCAGAUUUACUGAAGGAAUUAGAAAGUCCAUUCAAAAUUGCUGGUUUAUCAGACAAUCCGUACUUAUUCACACUUAUUAAAGUAGUGAUUUUAUCAGCUCUUUCUGGUGUCCUUUCAGAAUUGUUAGGAUUUAAAUUAAAACUACACAAAAUCAAAAUAAAAUAACCAUAGGAAUUUUGUUGUAUUUAUUUUUCUAUUUAUUUAAUUAUGUGUAAGCCAGAUUCUGGGUUGCCAUAAAGUAUUUAUCAUUUUGAAAUGCAUACUUUUAGUUUCAUUGUGUUUAACGUAUAUUUACUUUUUUAGGUAUAAUAUUUCAUAGUUGAAUUUUAAAAAUAAAAUGAGUAAAUUUUUAAGUUUUUUAUGACUUUAAUGGCAUACGUUAUUAGGUUCACAAUUACAUUUUUAGGUUUAAGCUACCAUUAUCUUGGAGCAUUAUAUACCAUAUGUCUAAGUCUGCCAUGUUAAUUUUUAUAUUUUACCUUUAUUUUUUAAAGCAAUAACCUACCAUUGUAAUAUUACUACAAACAAUAAUCUUCGUGUUCAUAGAUGUAAGUAGUUAUAGAACUAGUUAAUUUUUUAUAGAAACAAUGUAAAAUGUUUUAAUAAUCAAUUGGUGGUUGCAAUGACUAUAUUAUUGCAAAGAUAGCUAAGGAAGGUUGUUCUGAUGUUACUUAUAAUUUUAAAACGUGAUUUAUAUAAUUGAUUUUUUUAAAGUUGUACAAUAUUUUAGCUAAUUGUUGUCUCCUAGAUAUGUUUUUAACACUUUCGAACAAUAAAGAUACUAAACCACAGCAAGAAUUAGUAAUUUGGUCAUUAAGUGGCUAGGUACUAACAUAAUGUGCUCCUUAAACUAAAUGGGUUAGUGUUUAUUGUAACAUAUUUGUCAUCUAAGUAAUGAAUUGUAUUUUAAAUACUUCUCUAGAUGUACUAUUUUUUUUCUAUGUAUUUAACUCUGUGAUCCCUUUGUUUUUAUUUAAUUAUAAUUAAAUCAAUGUUGUUUAUUUAGUAACGAAUAAAUGAUUUAUAAUAUA